AUGUCUGACAAGCAAGUCCGCAGUGCGGUCAUCAACCGCGAUACCAACGAGACCAAGAUUCAAUUGGCUCUUAACCUUGACGGUGGCUCAUUGGAGCAGAUCACAUCCGAGGACAAUGGCGCAGACAAGUCACACGCUGCUCAAGCUUCGAAAUCGCAGACCAUCGACAUUGAUACUGGCAUUGGCUUCCUGGACCACAUGAUUCACGCUCUUGCAAAGCAUUCGGGUUGGAGUCUAAAGCUCAGGUGUCGUGGUGACCUCCACAUCGACGACCACCACACUGCCGAGGACGUCUUUAUUGCCAUGGGCCAGGUUCGUUCAAGAGCGACUGAGAGACUAAGCUGUACAUUUGUGCUUACCAAUAGCCAGGCUUUCAAAUCCGCCCUCAAGUCGACCGCCGGUCUCGCCCGUUUCGGCUACGCAUACGCCCCUCUCGAUGAAGCCCUCGCCCGCGCAGUCGUCGACCUGUCCAACCGUCCCUUCUGUGUCAGCGACCUGAAGCUGCGUCGCGAGAAGAUUGGCGACCUCAGCACCGAGAUGCUGCCCCACUGUCUGCAGAGCUUCUCCCAAGGUUCCGGCGUCACCAUGCACGUCGAUGUUAUCAGAGGUGACAACGAUCACCACAAGGCCGAGAGUGCCUUCAAGGCUCUUGCUGUUGCCAUCAGAAUGGCUAGCACACCGGUGGUCGGCCGCGAAGGCGAGAUUCCAAGCACAAAGGGCGUUCUCUUCUAG